AUGUCCGUGGUAAAAGACGCGAACACCAACGCUUCCGGAAGUACGGAGGCAAGGAAAAAAGAUUUGAAACUGAAGCGACGGACAUUCAAGAGUCAACUCACCAUGUUCAAUACUUACUUAGACGCGUUUAACGACAGCGAAACGGAACGAGUUAAACUCGCGGAUAGAUCAGUAAGAAUACGUAAUCAAUUUGAAGUUUUUAACAAAAUCCAAGACGAACUCGGUAAUAUUGAGGAUUACGACGAGGCCGAGAACGAGCGUAACACCACCACCGACGUAUACGAUGACGUGAUGGCUAAAGCUACCGUAAUGCUCAAUCGAUUCGCGAGUCCUACGAAACGUACGGAAAUCUCGGAACCUUCGACCUCCACGAAUUGCAACGGCGCGAAUUGCAAUCCAAAAACUGUAUCGUCCUUUUCAUUGCCCGUUCAUUUACCAAAAAUGAACUUACCGAAAUUCGACGGACGCAUAGAAAAUUGGUUGACGUUCAAGGACGCGUUUAAUAAUUUAAUUCAUUUGCAACCGGGAUUGAGUAAAAUUCAAAAAUUGCAAUAUUUACGAUUAUCGUUAUCGGGUAAAGCAGAAACUGCGAUCAGCGCCUUUACCAUCUCAGACGAAAAUUACACAGCGGCUUGGAAACAUUUGACAGAAAUGUAUGAUAACCAACGCGCACUCGUAUUACGUCACGCUGCUCUACUCCGCGAUACACCAGCGAUGCUCGACAAUUCGUCUGAAUCGGUACGAGAUCUUGUAAAUCACGUACAAUUACAUAUCAGGUCACUGCAAGCACUCGGUCGAAAUUGGGAGAAUAUCGCGAAUGAUAUCAUUGCCAGCAUCGUAGUCUCGAAAAUGAGCGAAGAAACGCGAAAAACUUGGGAGCGUACACUUUCGGACACGGACGUCCCAAAAAUAGAAGAUAUUUUUAAACAUCUUCAUAAUGCAUCCCAUCAAACGGAGGAAUAUAAUUCGACGGCGAAGCACGACUUACCGAACGUCAAGUGCAAUGCGAAACCGCGACCGAUUCAAACGCGUUCAUAUAACUUCCGUCCGCGUUCUCUGCAAUCGCAGUCGCAUCAGAGAGUAAAUACGUACGUUACGAAGACGUCUACGGCGGCUCAGACGGCUCAACCGAAAUCGGAUCGGCGAGGAAGACCGACUGGGUAUUCAUCGUUUUCACAGCGAUCGGACUGGAAAACACCGAAAACAACCGGAAGACCGUCAUGCAUCGCUUGUAAUUCGGGAUCACACGCGGAAUUUCAAUGCAGAAAAUUUCUUGAAAUGCCAGUAGCACAACGAAUCGACGUCGCGCGUAAAGCUACUCUGUGCAUGAAUUGUUUACUCCCGGGACAUCAAAGCGACAACUGCAUUGCUGGAAGAUGCCGCGUAUGUAAUCAACCGCAUAACACUAAAUUACAUCAGGACACAAGGGUCGAAAACGCGGAAUCGAGACUGUGA